CCCUGUUGGCCAAGCCGGGUUCCAUGCAGCAGAGUCCAAGAUGGUGGCGCUCAGGGCUCGGGAGGACGGUUCGGCGGCGGUGGCCGCGAAGAAGCUCUUGGUCGCCGUGUGUCUGUGCCUGAGCAGCCUCUUCCUCUCCCCGGCAGACGCCACAGGCCAGGCGGAAAGCGGCGGCGCUUCCGGGGCGGCGGUGCCUCACCGGCGGUUCGAAUACAAGUACAGCUUCAAGGGUCCGCACUUGGUGCAGCCGGACGGAUCUGUGCCCUUCUGGGUGCACACGGGCAAUGCUAUCCCCAGUGCUGAUCAGAUCAGAAUAACUCCUUCGUUGAAAAGCCAAAGAGGAUCCGUAUGGACUAAAAACAAAUCCAUAUUUGAAUAUUGGGAAAUUGAAGUGACCUUCCGAGUGACUGGAAGAGGGCGAGUAGGAGCUGAUGGAUUGGCAAUCUGGUAUACUGAAGGACAAGGAUUGGAUGGCCAGGUUUUUGGUGCAGCAGAUAACUGGAAUGGUGUUGGCAUCUUCUUUGACUCCUUUGACAACGAUGCAAAGAAAAACAACCCUGCGGUGAUUGUUGUCGGCAAUAAUGGCAAACUCCAUUAUGACCAUCAAAA